AUGCCCGACGAUGUAGACACCGCGUCUCUCACCCCGACUCCCAUUACAUAUUUCUCCGAGACCGAGGUCAUGUUAGCAGAGUCUGUAUCCAGAUGGGCUAACGAAGAGGUGGGUCCCAAGGUGCGAGAAAUGGACGAGGCGGAAACCAUGGACCCGGCGAUCGUCGAGCAAAUGUUCGAACAAGGUCUGAUGGGAUUUGAGAUCCCCGAAGAAUACGGUGGCGCCGGGAUGAAUUUCACAUCCGCCAUUGUUGGCAUUGAAGAGCUCGCCAGGGUCGAUCCAUCCGUAUCGGUGCUGUGCGAUGUUCACAAUACAUUGGUGGUGACCGCGAUCCUCAAAUACGGCACCGAGGCAUCCAAGAAAAAAUGGCUGCCCAAAUUGGCUACAAACACAGUUGGCGCUUUCUGUCUGUCUGAGCCAGCGUCAGGCUCGGACGCCUUUGCGCUAAAGACCAAGGCUGUGAAGACAGCGGAUGGUUACAAGAUUAAUGGUUCCAAAAUGUGGAUCACCAACUCCAUGGAGGCGGACUUCUUCAUCGUCUUCGCCAACCUCAAUCCGGAGGCUGGCUACAAGGGUAUCACCGCAUUCGUGGUCACCAAGGACACCAAGGGCUUCAGCAUUGCCAAGAAAGAGAAGAAGUUGGGCAUUCGAGCCUCGAGCACCUGUGUGAUCAACUUUGAUGAUGUCGAGAUACCCAAGGAGAAUCUUCUCGGCAAGGAAGGUGAAGGCUACAAGUACGCCAUUGGGAUCCUCAAUGAAGGUCGGAUAGGUAUCGGAGCCCAGAUGACCGGAUUGGCGCUGGGUGCUUGGGAGAACGCGGCCAAAUAUGUGUGGAACGAUCGAAAGCAGUUUGGCAAGCUGGUGGGUGAAUUCCAGGGCAUGCAACACCAGCUUGCGCAAGCAUAUACGGAGAUCUGUGCGGCGCGCGGACUGGUGUACAACGCAGCCCGAAAGAAGGAAGCGGGUGAAGACUUUGUGGCGGAUGCUGCCAUGGCCAAAUUGUAUGCCAGUCAAGUGGCGGGCAAGGUCAGCAGUCUGGCUGUCGAAUGGAUGGGAGGCAUGGGGUUUGUCCGGGAGGGCAUUGCUGAGAAGAUGUACCGAGACAGCAAGAUCGGAGCCAUCUAUGAGGGAACGAGCAACAUCCAGCUGACGACGAUAGCAAAGGCGCUGCAGAAAAAGUACACCACAUGA